CCCCCUCCCCCUCUGUCUCUCUGUCUCUCUGCAGCAGCUGAAAACAUGGACGGGUUCCGGCUGCCGCCCGUCAUAGAGGAGGUCCUCGAUGCGUCUGACGAACUGAGUGAGCUGAAGGACAAAGAGAGGGAGGAUGAGGAGACGCUUACAGAUGGAGAGAAAGGACAGGAGGAGGAGGAGAAGGAGGAGAAGCGAGGAGGAGUGAGGGAUGAAGAAGAAGAGGUGGAGGAGCUGAGAGCUCAGGUUCUCCAGCUGCUGCUGGAGCUCGAGGAGACGAGAGAAUUCUCUCAGAGACACGAGGAGAGUUUCAUGGAGCUGCAGGGUGUGUUGGAUGAAGAGCGACUGGCGAGCGCUCACCAGGCCGAGAGUUUCACCAGACAGAUCCAGAGACUACAAGUUCAGUUGCACUCGGUGCAGGAAGAGAUGAAUAACCUGGAGGAGGAGAAGGAGAGCGAGCUGGAGGAGGCGCAGGAGGAGUUGCGCUCGGCUCAGCAGGAGGUGGUGUUGCUGCAGCAGGUGUCCGAGGAGGCGGCGGCGGAGAGAGAGAACGACAUUGCCUCCCUGCAGGAGGAGCUGUGUCGGCUGAGGGCGGAGCAGCAGCGUCUCCUCGCCACGGCGCAGGAAUAUGAGCUGGAGAUCACCACGCUGAGGGCCGAGAUCAGCAUGAAGAGCCCCCACACGGGGGCGCCAUCGCUCGGGGACAUGGAGCAGCUGAAGGACGAACUCGUCCACCUGACGGACGAGUGUCUCACUCUGAGCGACGACAACAAACAGCUGAACGGCAAAGUGCACACGCUGAAGCAGCAACAAGACACGUGUGAUGAUGCGUACCUGGCAGUCAGAGUGCAGGGCGACACUGAGCAGGACGAGCAGGUGAAGACGGACUCUUACAUCACUCUGUCCCACGACCUGGAGGUCGAAAGGUCAGAGGUCGACGUCCUGAAGGUUCAGCUGAGAGCAGCUGAGGAGACGACACGAAGGAUUCAGAGAGAGUGUGACGGGCUGAAGGGCGAGCUAGCCGAGCUGCUGCUGAUGUACGACAGCAGCCAACGAGAGCGAGCGGCGCUGGAGCAGGAGCUGCAACGUUACAAGGCCGAGCUGCUGACCGGCAGGAAGUCACAGAACUGCACUCGUCCGUCUGAGUCCCCCGUUCUCUCCAUCCCCUUCAUAGGAAUGAUUGUUAUAGUGGCCUUGAUUUGGUGCUGGUGGGAGGAGCUGGCGUCCUAGAUGGCACCAGACGGACGCUGGCGGCUGGAACCUGGCGGUGGCGGCGGUUGCUGUGGCGGCAGUCAUGGUUCUGGUCGUCCCCAGCUUCACCAGGGCCUGAGACAAAAGGUGACCUCAACGAUGACCUCACUGG